AUGGAUUUUACUAAGUUUGACGAUCUCUUGAUGGGAAUCCUCCAGCACUGUGAACAAGUGGAACCGUUUUUAGAUGCAAUCUUCAGCUUUUUAGCGCGCAGGACUGACUUCUUUCUAGUGAUGCACAAUAGAGAUGACAAAGUGGGAUUCGCUCCAGGUGUAGCGGAAAAGAUGGUUCUAAAGGUAUGGACGUUUCAUCUAACCGCUACAUGGUUGAAUCUUCAGCAAAUAUUCCAUAGAACGAAGAUUUUAAAGAAUAAUGAACUUCCAUGUAUGCGCAAAAUAUGUUAAUAUAUGACAUUUUUUCGCGAUUUCUGAAAGUUAAUACAGGGUACAUCCUGCAUAAGCAAGUGAUAUUGUGUAUGAAGCCUGCGUGAAUAUGUUUUGGGUGAAAAUGGAAUUGAGGUGAAAAUACAUUCAAACUAGAUUGAAUUGCAUUCGAAAUCAUUUUGUACUUGAUCGGUGUUAGUUUUUACCUCUUGACAGGUUUUGAAAUUGCCUGCUAUCACAUCUGAUAUUAAAUGGAUAAAUUUAGUUGAAUAAAUAAUAGUAAUACGACCGAAUGAAGUCGAAUUCCGGCUGUAAUCAUACAAGUGAUACUUUAAAUGAUCAGUACAAUUACAGACAGAAUUGGAUGAGAGGAAGGCCUGAGAAGCAAAGUUGCCAUCAUUCUACGUUUUCUUGAAUAUCAUUAGUUAACUCAUUGAAAUGUGCAACAACAGCAUGUGCACUUGAUGUGCACUGUCCAGUUUCAAGUAUGACACUGACACUGUCAGCAUGACACUAUCAAAGUAGUCCUCAAAUCAGGAUGGUGAGAACCAAUCAUGUUAAAGGAUAGAUUGAGUUAAGUAUUUCAGUAAUCAAUGGCAAGCGAUAGUUGGAUUUGUUGGAAGUCAUCAAAAAGUGUUAAUUUGAAUGUUGUCAGGUUUAUUGACGAAUGAGUGAGGAGUUGUAUACUAAAUAGUGCUGAUAUUGGGAUUUAGGUAAUAUAGCCAGAAUGAAAAAGGAAAGUCUAUACAGGGUCCUUCCAUGUACUUAGUGUAGAUUGCUGUUGUUGUUUUUGUUGUUGUUUUUUAGAAUUAGAUAUACUUGUAGAUCACACUAUCUGGUGGAUAUAAGCUAAUUUUCUAUUUGAUGCCUCAAAAAGAUUCAAAGUGGUCUUUACUCCUUUCAAAUGACUUACAUGUACAGAAAAGAUCAUGUACCGUGGUUGCAAAGUCCCUUCUCCCUUUCCUCUUUACUUCAUGAUUGUAUUUUAACAGUAACUUAAAAAAUGUGUAGUUUUUGUGGUUUUCAUCAUUAAAUAAUAGUCAACUUAUUGAAUGUCAGGAUUAUCUGUAUUACUUGAUUGAUAUCUUUAGAAUAGUUUCAGGUGAGGCUAAUAAGUGGAUUGAAAUUAAGAUGUUUUUAUUUAAAGUAUAGGUGUUCCAAUCCCAAAGAUUAUUCACUUCUUUAUUUUGGUAUCCAAUCUGCUGAAAACAGCUUACACGGCAGAAAUGUCUAUUCUGAGGUUUUCAGAGUACUUUUGUUAAAUACCUGAACAAAUUAGCUGUCUAUAAAACUGCAAUAUGCAUUGAAGAGGACGGAAUCAUCCCAUGGAAUAGAGUUUAUUUAUUGGUUUUAAUUUAGCACUAUGGGCAUUGAAACACCAUUACGACUUAUAAGGUUGAAAGUCAUGGGUUCUUAAUCCAAUCUUUUUAUGUAUCCAUAGACUUUAACCCUGGGAAAAUUAUUGUGGGUUACACUCACAAUAUAUGUAUGUAUAUGAGUAAGUAUAAAGUAGGUGAUUGCUAUGCCUUGUUGUUCCGCAAAUGAUGUCCCAAAUUAAGGCAACGAUUGCUUAACAGACAAGUCACAUUCCCUCACCAAUGUGAUUUGGUUAUCAGUGACCUAGCUCCAAAAAGUCUGUCACAAAAGUUUUCAGCUCUUCAUCUCUGUUGUCUGAUCACAUGCACAUUCUAUGCUUGUGACUCAUCCAGAACUGUUCUAAGGUACUUCAACAUAGAUGCUUUUUAGAGGCCUUGAAUGUCAGGAGAUAUUAAAAAAAAAAAACCUAAAAAGGUAACUAGGUAGGGAGAGAUCUCACAACCUGUUUAUGAUGUGUGUAAUAGCUUUAGAACCUGACUGUUUCCAUUUUGAGAAUAAUGGGAAACAGAUGUUAAUAAAAUUAUUUUGUGGCAUGUAAAUUCAUUUUAUAGAGAAGUAACAAUUUAAGAUACAGGAGUAUAGCCAAGGACAAAUGUAUGCCUGCCUCCUACUUUUGUGGAAAAUAAUUUCUCUGGGUUUUUGUUCUACAAGAAAUGUUAUGUUUUUCAUGCCCAGUAAAUAAGCAAUUUCCUUUAAAAAUUAUCAGUUAACCUUUAAUUGUAGGUUUUUUCCUUGCCGUCAUGAGUUAACUGAUGUAGUGUGUGAUGAUAAUAGAUUUUAUUUAACAUGAAUUAGUUAAGAGUUUCUGUUUCUUAUACAGAUCUUCAAGACUCAUCAACAGAUUGUCACUGGAAAUCAAACAGGAGCUAAAAAACAAGCACAUGGAAAGAUAUCAGGAAAAGGGAAGCAAAAAUGUGCUGACAUAGAGAGAGCAACUGAUAGAGCUUCAGCUGCAAAUGAAAAUGUGAGUUGCUGCUUAUUUGUCACUUGCAGUCCUGGGUCACACAAAGGGUGUUGUCUUAGCUACUGUUAAAUGUAAUAUACCACAGUCCAAAGGAGGCUUUUGGGAGAGUAAAAUGUUUAUAGAGGCAUCUGAGUGCUGUAAUUUUAAGUGCGUUUAAAAUACAAAUUGGUGUUCAACUUUCUGGUACAAUUAUUGACAAAAUGUCAUUGUUUAUAGAGCUCAAUACCUUACUCAAAGUAAUAGCAUCCAUAAUCCUUUACAUCCUAAUGCAACAGUAUACAUAUUAAUGACUGUGAAUAUAUGGAAAUCAUUUACCAGCCUAUGAACUGCAGAUCAAGAAAUUAUUAUAGAAAUAAUCUUCACAGUAAUGAAUACUACAUAAGCAGCCGUGAAAAUAAGAAGCCAACUGGGAGCUGGUCAUUAUUUUUGUUUGUAAUAAACCCAUGAACUGAGAAAUCAAUGACUGCAGGAGUUUCAUUUAGGUUUGGAGCAGGAAGGUAUGUGGAUUUGCCACCUAGCAUACUUAAUGCAAGGCCCUUUGGGCCUUGCCUCUUAGGGGGGUCUGUGGGCAUGCUCCCCCUGACAAAUUUGAAAUUCUCAAGUGACAGAGAUGCAUUUUCCUGCAUUUUAGAGCAGAAACUGACAUGCUUCAAGUGCCAAUUAGGACAUUAUUUCUCUCCAUGAUAGUCUUGAUUUGGUGAAUUAAUCAACAGGUAAAUUAGCUUUCUAAAGCAAAUCCAUAAUCUUGUACAUAUUAAAUUUUCAGAAUAGCUUGCCUUUCAACAGAAAGUGUCAUAAAUGAUGACAGAAGGUGUGAUUUCUGUUUAUGUAAAGUGGGAAAAAGUGUUCACAAGUUUUCAAAUUGUUUUUUGUGUCAGGGGUAUACAAAUUCUACUCAAAGUAUAACCAACAAAAAUGUCAUAGUGUUAGAAUAUAAUGUUUGAUAAUUUCAUACUGAUGGGUUUGCUAACAAACUCCUCAACUUAUUAAGAUCUUUCUUUGCAAGUUUUCUGUCAAUUAGGCAAACAGAGUCAUGCUUUCAAUAACAGAGGAAAUUUUUAUUUCAAUGUGGGAAAGCUGGUAGCUUCCACAGUUAGAUGGAUUUUUCUCAUCACUUGGAAAAGAUUCAAGAUGUCAAAAGCAAUUCAGUGCUAUUGUAAGUUUUUGGCUAGUUUUCUGUGACCAAAGGAACUACUCUGUGUUCAACUUCAGUUGUAUGUUAUGGAGAAGUGAAACAUGAGCCAACCAGAAAGAAAUCAAUCACAUGCUAGGCAACCACUUGAAAGCACGGUCAAAGUGAUAACAAUCCUUCACUCAAUUUACUUUCUUUAGAAAAGAUAAAUUUCUUCCUGUUUUACGACAAGUAUUUUAUUCUUGUGACCUUCAGGUUUGAUUUGGGGUGAUAUUAUGAGGAUGUUUGUAACUCUCUGGGGCUAAAGGGUUGAUGGAAUUGUAGAAGUCUAAGAGAAAAAAAUCAAUUUUGGCACAGAAGAUGCAAGGAUUACCACUUAUUUUGAAAAAUACUGUCUGAGUGAGGAUUUGCAGGAAUAGAUAAAAGGAGAAAUGGAAGAGGGAGUGUCAAUAUUGCAAACUGAAAACCCUUUUUGAGUUAUUUUUUUACAUAAAUAAUCAGAUUGCCACAUUAAGAUAUGUAUAUCACACCAAUCAGAUUGCCACAUUAGGGUAUGUGUCUCACAUCAAUCAUAUUGUGGCAUUUGGAUAUCAUGGACCAAUCACAGUGUUGGGUAUUUUUUCUUGUAAAUGAUGUCAUGGAAUCAGAGGGCUGUGCACAAAGAAUGACAUUAACCAGAAAUUUGAGCUCAUUUGAUAAGUGUUAUUAUUUUGGCCUCUGUAAGAGCCUCGUUGAGUGAAGGUGAGAUUUUUUUGGGGAUUCAAAAGGUUCACAUUUAUUGUUAUUGUACCAUUUUAAAUUUGAGAUGUGUUUUUCCACUCCUUUUCCCACAACACACAUGCAGACAACUUACAUUCCAUCACGUGCUAUGAAAACAACGUCCAAAGUCCAAUCAGAAUAUACCCAAUCAUUGCACCACAUGAACAUUCGCAAAUUUUUUACAUGCUUGAAUUAAAUUCUACCAAUCAAAUUCCAUUUUGCCACAUCAGACUUCGCUCCAUCACAUUAAUUUUGAUUUUCUUUUAGAAGAACAGCUGUAAGUGUAGUCUCUUUUGCAACUGUUAUUUGGUUGCAUCAUGCAAUGGCUCUCUCUCCAAUGGGGGAUAGACAAGACCAAACAGCAGCUGCAAAGGAGACUACAGCAAGCGGGGUACCAAUGCAUUUUAUUUUUGCCCCAAAGUAUUUAGACAAUAGACCACAAAAUAUCAGUGUGAAUUUAGAUAAACUAUGUUUUUCCUCUUUCUCUUGGAGUGAAAUAAUGCAAUAUUUUCGUUCUUUUAAAAGUUAUAAAAACAUUAGGAACACAAAGUGUCCAAUCUCAACUCACCCAGCUAAAAAAAAAAAAAAAACUCUUGCAUGCUUUGGAUGCCAAUGUUUUGUUAAAGAGAGAAAAAUGACAAUUUUUUUCCAAGGAGGAUAGAACAUCCAAAUAGAGGAGCUGUUAAAGCUGAAUAUUAAUUUUCUAUCUCUGUAGACAAGUCUAUCUGCUCCUAUGGCCUCAUCUGAUACAGAUAUAUCUCCAGCAAUCACUUCAUGUGAGGUAGAAACAUCACCCACCAGUGACAAGGGCCACGCCCAACUUCCUGCAUGUACUACUGAAAAGACAUUAAGUGCUGCUUCAACAUCAAGUUCCAAGCCAACAAGGUGUAUCAAUUAUUGUGUUUCUUGAUUUACUUAUUGUUUUUCAUCUUUUUUUUGCUUCUUGCUAAUUGUUUGUUGCCUUGUAAAGCUUUACAUGAACAAAGUUUGGUAGGACAUGUCUUAAGUACACAUACACACUCGUCCUCAAUUCUACACAGAAACCUUUUUUUCUGUGCUGUUUUGUUUGCUGUACUGGUCAUCAAGGCAAAUUUCAGGCAAAAUUCAGCUAAGCCAGAGCUGGAAAUCAUGAGUCUGGGAAUGUGAUUAUAUAGUCGUGAGCAACGGGUGGGUGGUAUUUUUGUAUGUCUUCCCUUCCUAAACUGUUACUGUGCUCUUUUGCUUCUGGAAGUGCUGUGGUAAAAUGAAAUAUAUUUUGUUUGUUUGUUUUUUGGUUCAUAUGUUUGUUUGUAUGUUUUAUGCAAACCUGCAUGCUAGGUGAUGAUUCUUGCAGUAUGAUUGUCUCUCUAACCAUGAGGAGAAUCAGCUAACGCAUUAGAGACUAAACUAAUUUUAAUUUUUUCAGCCUCGCUCAAGUAAGUGAAGACGUAACAAGCAGUGAGAGCAAGGGUCUGGUUCCUGGUAAGACUGCUGAUUGUUACAAUGGAGCUGUUCUUGAGAAGUAUGCAUGGUCACAAACUAUAACUGAUAUUGAAAUAAAAAUCCCUGUGCCAUGUUCAGUAACAAAAGGUCGGGAUGUUGGUGUGGAAAUUAAGAGCUCCCAUUUGAAAGUUUGGUUAAAGAAUGGAAUCCCACCAGAUUCAGGUAAAUGUAUGUUGUAGGGGAAAUUAUUCAAUGCCACUUGGUGAAAGGCCCAAAGAUUUUGAGGAAAAGCCCUUAAACGCUCUCCACAGUGAUCAAAUAAAUUGUUUUUUCCUUCAGAUCAUUUUAAAAGAGUGCAGUGGUAUUUUGAUAAAGUGGAUAUACGUAUCAAUAGAAGCAGAAAGCUAGAUUUGGUUGCAUCUUUUCUAGUUUCUGCUUUUUAUAUGAAAAUGAUUCUUUUGUCUUAUUUGUCAAACAUAUCCUCAAAUUGACAAAGAACAAGCGUACACCCAUUUUAAAUCUGAGAUAGUUUCGGGAUAACCUGACGGCAUGACCUUGAUUCAUUGGUCAUUUCCAACAGACAGCAUUAUUCUUGUUGAUGGAAAACUUCAGUGGCCGAUAAAAUGCGAAGAUUCUAUGUGGUUGUUGGAGGCUGGGAAACAGAUCAUUGUCAGCCUGGACAAAGUAGAGGAGAGGUUUUGGACAACUGUUUUGGAAGGAGAUACCGAAAUUGACAAGACUAAGGUUGACACAACACGAGACAUAAGUGAAUUUGAUGAACAAACUCAGAGUGAUUUUCAGCACGUUAUGUAUGACCAUCAUCAAAAACUUCAGGGCAAACCAACUAGUCAGGAAAUGGUAUGUACAGUAUGAAUUCAAAUUUUCCUUUGGUUGAAUCAUUUUUUUAAUUUCAAGUCAAUUAAAUUUGUGUUAAUCUGGCUCACUUUAUAUUGGUGUGAAAUAGGGAAAAUAAUGAUACUAAUUCGAAAAUCUCUAAAUCAAAGGAAUAAUUGAACCUGUUACGCAGUCAUCUUACGUAUUUUAAUAGCGUUAGGUUUGCUUCAUGAAGUAGAGAUACUUUGCCGAGUCGCCAAUUUAUUCGUGAUUAAAGUGAUUGAAAAGAGGUUGAACAAAGAGAGCUGACAAUAAGGGCAGGUUAAGUUUUCUUCCUACCCCCCCUUCCCUCCACGCCCACCCCCCUCUUCCUUUUGCCGGUCAAUCGCUCCUUGAUAAAAAUUGCCUUCUUUCGCCUGCCAUAUAUUGUUAAGAAUAUCUGAGCUGGUGGCCUCUCAUAUCGCGAAGAGGUUGGCGUCUCUUUGCCAAAGACACGGCUGCACUGCAGGCUGUUAGCGUAUCAUUCAUCCCCUCGAACCUUGAAAGGUUUUCAUGUUGCUUUCACCCACAUUCACUUGCAUUGCACUCGCAUUCAUUUGAUAUACUUUAGGUAAUUAGUAAAUUUUCAACUAAAUUAAAUAUUCGUCCAUUCAUUUUUAUGUCUGUACGCCUAAUUGCAAUAAUGUUAUCAUAGAAAAAAGAAAAAGCAAAAACGAAAAAGGGAAAAGCGAUCUAGGAAUUAAUUAGCAUUGAAUAAUGGCGGAGCUCGCAGAGCGUAGUCCCAUAAUUAUACAAAAUGGUAGUACUAAUAGUAACCCAUCGAGCUGAAAAAAUUUGGACUUACGACCGUACGACCGUACGACCGACCGUACAAGGUGCUACUUUUAACAUGCGUGGUCAACUGUACCGCGGGCACGCCAACGCCACGGCUUUGUCCAGUAGUCCAGUGGUCAUUGCACUGGGCUCCGAGUCGGACGACCCGGGUUCUAGUCCUGGCCGGGUCAAGGCGUUGUGCCCUUGAGACGUGCGGGGAAAAAAAGCGAGCUCCGCUUUUAGGCUUGGCUAAAUCUAUAUAUUACCCUCUGGCCAUAUGCCCGACAGCCGAGCAAAAUUUCCACUAAAUAAUUAUUUCAAACUUCUAGAGAGUAUCACAUAUUUUUUGAAAAAAUUUCCAGCGAUUCCAAAUAUACAUAUAAAUCUGCUAAUGCGGUAUCCUCGUGCCACAUGCUUAUGAUUACCUAACCGCAGUUAGGUGUAUGUGUGUGACUAUGUAUGUUGUUUAUGAUGGUAAUUGAUCUGGGUGAAGUGUCUGAAAUCGUAGGCAAUAUUUCAAAAUGGAACGAGUGCACCGCGAGUUCGAUUUGAAAUCAAACCUGUGAUUUCAGAUCAAAACUACAUGACACGAAGUUAAUUACUACUUUACUACGAUUAUUUUUAAAUCUUAGAAUUAAUCGUCCCAAUACAGGAUAGUAUUUUUUUUAGUCAUGGGAAAAAAUGUGCAAAAUUUGCUGCACGGUGGUUCCUGUGUCUUUCAUUUCCCUGUAAUUAUGAUUGGUCAUUUAAACAAGCCUUGAGGCCGUAGCUGAGGAUACAUCAAUGAGUUCUUUCCUUUUUAUUUAUACAGAAAACCCACGAUCUUCUCAAGAAAGCUUGGAAUGCCAAAGGGUCGCCGUUUGCGGGAACUGACUUCGAUCCAUCAAAAGUGAACAUAUCGCCAAGUUACGGGUGAAUAAAACUCUUCUAACACGCUGAAAGGAGACAGAACAUGCUCUUAAAGACAUCUAAACACUUUAAGUGAAAUAAUGCGCCAUCCCGUUUCGAAAAGUAAGAACCGUGAAAGGUAGUUUUUUGCCAAAUUUGUACAAUGUCAAUUUUACCUUUCCAAAGUAAAUUACAUUACCUCAACGGGAUGUUUUUACAGCCUGGCAAUCAAACAGUUAUUUACCAUCAUCGGGAACUUGCAUAAAUGAAAGAUUCGUGAGGUGCAUUCGAUUUUUUUUUCCUCAUCGUUCAGGGUUUUUAAAAUAGUUGCGUAUAACCAUUAGCCAUCCAACCCUUCUGUUUCAAUUAUCACUCGGUCAGCCUGUGACUCGAAAGUAUGCAUGCAAGGACGUUCGGUCCGUUUGUUAAUUACAUCAGACACGAGAUGAGCCGAAAGACAGAAACUAUCUAUGCAGAAAAUGUGACAAAAUGUGACAGUAGCUGUUGGUAAUUACUCACAAAUGAGAAAUAUUUGUUGAAAUUUAGUAGUAUACUGUUAUUAACUCUUAAUGAAGUGAGAUUUUUCGUCAAGUUUCUUCACGAGACGCUGGAGGGGAAGAUUGGGCAUCAAAAUCACUGGCGAUACCAGGUUCCCUCCCCUUGUCCUGUCCAACAGGCAUAAGAGGAGAUGGAAGCCAUCUGUAGUACGUCAGCCAGUCUAGGAUAGUGACAUACUGAAACUUAACAGCAUCGAAGUAGAUGCCAGCAGGACAACCUCGUGGACUCCUUCGGGAUUGAUUCCGAGAACGAUACGACAGCAUGUGUUCUUCUUCGUCGAACCCAAAUACCGAGAUCUUAAUAAAUUUAACUAAGGAAUAAAUGUGAAGAUAUGAUGCAAUAGGAAUAAUACUCCCUCUACGACGCGUCUUUUAAAGUGGUUUACGUGACUGCUACACAUAAUUACUUCUUUUGUGUCUAAAUUGAAAGUUCCCUCAAAUUGUGUCGCCUUGUCUUCUGUUGAAUUCAUCAUCACACCACAUAUCCAUAAUUAAAGCUAACAGCGGCUUAAGAGCCCUUUAAGCUUGUUGUCUGAGAACAUUUGAAUUAUUAUGACGUAUGUGAGUGGCAGUGGUCCCUUCGAUCAGUUAUCUACCACGUGAAGCAAGGCUUUGAAUUCAGUUAAGAGAGGGAUAGAGGACCGAGUUUGAGUUUAUCUUCAUCACUUCAUUCGUCUGUCUUCCUUCCCAUCUACCCUAGCGUUCUGUUCGCCGCUUUCUCUUUCCGGUUAUUCAACUACGACAUCAAAUGACAAUUGCCUCCUUUCGAAAGUACUAACCACAUCGCGAUGUUUGUGUCUGUUGUUUUAAAGGCCAGCUUCAUUGGAUCCAUCGUAAUCCUGGCAAUGUAUAUGGGGAUCUUGUUCGAUUGAGGUUAAAAUUCACAAUUUGCCACAUCCCUAGUGGGGAUGUUUUCGACAGCAACUCACUCGGACUAAACGACAGGUUUUCC